AUGUCUAACAGAUGCCUGGAAGAUGGUACAAUGACAGAUAUUACUUUGGAUGCACUCAAUGGCCAACGAAUUACAUUUGGAAUAAAUACUAUUCCUACUGCUGCAGCACUUGAUGGUAACUAUUACGAACCGACAGAUGACGAUAGUUUUGCAGCAAUUGAUUCACUCAGUCGACAGGGAAUGUUCCAAUUUACAGCUGUUGCUGAACAUCCUAUUCGCGAAGUUGAUAUUCUUACAAAACUGUGCAAUUUGUAUGAUGAACCCAAACUUUAUUUUGUGGUUCCGCCUCACCAGUUUAAAGGGUUCAAAAAGCAGAGUUUCAAACCAAUUGAUGGCACAGAGCAGGAUAUCACACCUGACAACUUUGAAUCGAAUUUAGCAGUGAUUAUAGGUGAAAACACCAAUCUAGCACAACAACAAUUCCAGACAAUUCCAGACAAUCCGAUUCUGAUUAGUUCUAAAACCAGAACUCACAUUGUAACCACAACCCAAAUGCGUUCAAUAUCAAUCACAAUCAUCAUGGACGAAUGUAUCAAAGUAUGUCGUCAACUUUUGAAUAUUUUAGCAGUCUUGCUUAAAACAAGUGGUAUCAUCCAGUGCACUACAUAUACUACUCAUGAAACACACAAACUUCAAAUAACUGCGCAACUAUUUGUUCAAACUCUGCUCCAAAUAUAUGUUGUUGUAUACAGAAAACCUGGUAAAGUGUUGUAUUUUGUCAUGGCUGCAUUGUUCCGAGAUAUAAUUCGAGGCUUGUUACAAUGGGUUACUGGAUUUGAUAUCCAAUAG